AUGGACAACCAGAGUUUAAAUGCAGAUAUCCUGAUCCUGGAGGGCUUAAAGGUCACCCCAAGGUCCUCUAUUGCUGCCUUUAUCUUCCUCCUCCUCAUGUACAUUUUCAUCAUGGUGGCUAACAUUGGCUUGGUGGUGCUGAUCUUUAUGGAAAGGAGCCUGCACCAGCCAAUGUACUUGCUGUUCUGCAACAUGAGUGUAAAUGAAGUGUUUGGGGCCACCAUAGUGGUUCCUCAUAUACUCAGAGAUCUGUUCGUGUCUGACUCGGAGCGCUACAUUCAUUACAUCGUAUGUGUCGUUCAGGCCUUCUGUGUUAAUCUCUAUGGAGGGGUGUGCCACACUAUACUCAUGACCAUGACCUUCGAUCGAUACAUGGCCAUCUGCAACCCGCUGCGCUACACCAUCAUAAUGACCAACUGGAUGGUGGUAAAGCUGUCAGUGGCAGCAUGGGCGGUGGUGUUCGUCAUGGUCAUCUGGCUGGACCCCAACGCCGUGGACCAGGCCCGGCCUGGAUACGAAUUUACGCCCAGGGCUUUCACCUCUACCUAG